AGGUGGCGGUAACGCACUUGUACGUUGUUUAGCAUCCGCCUUAGAAGCGGAAGUAAAGCAACGUACACAACUCUGGAGUUGAUCACACGUGGGUACACAAGUUUGUCAGAGUAAUGCAGUGUAAUUAAGUUAAAUAAAAACAUGUCAAAAAGGCAGAAGGCUAUGUCUGAAGAAAAGACCGGUUCUGAAGCAGGACGCGGGCAGGAGGAGGUCCAGGAACCGCCGCCUGAGACCAGACGGACCCGUAGCGGCCGAAGAGUGCGCACUCCUGUCUCACUGCUGGAUUCAGAAGCCCCGGUGAGGACUCCCACCCGGAGGACAAGGAAGUCUGUCCUCCAGCAGCUGCCGGCGGUGGAAGAGAAAAACACGGAGGUGGCCGAGCAGAAACCCGAGAGUCUGCCCGAGGAGAAGCUCAGUGUGUCCGCCGAACCGGAGCCGCGCACAGAGGCUGCUGCAGAUACACAGGGAGGCGGCGUUAACGGCAACGGAGACGUUCACCUUCCCGCACCGGCAGAAACGGCACCCACGAGUACCGAGACCAUCCCAAAGAAGAAGCCUCGUCUGGGGUCAAAUGUCAAACAGAACCCGGUAAUUCCGCUGGGAAAACCCAAAUCUGGGAGAGUGUGGAAGGACCGCAACAAGCAGAGGUUCUCUGCUGUGGUGAGAGACAAACCGUUGUGCUCUUCCUGGGGAAAGAAGAUGGAGGCCAGGCGGGAGAAGGAGCUGGUCAAACAGUAUUCUCUGCAGCUGAAAGAGGAGCAAGCCAGGCAGAAAGAGGAAAAGAGGAAAAGGAGAGAAGAAAACUUGAAACGGCGAGCAGAGAACGAACGCAGAGCAGAGAUUGUGCAAGUGAUCAAGAACACAGCGAAGAUCAAGAGGAUGAAGAAGAAACAACUGAGGAAGGUCGAGAAGCGAGACACGCUGGCUCUGCUGCAGAAGUCGCAGAAGCACAAUGUGAAAGCCAAAGGGCCGAAAAGUAAUAAAGUUGUCCAAGAUUUCACCUAAAGACCGAGACAAUAAAAAUGCCCGGUCCAGUA